CGCGUGUCGGCUCACUUGCAGUCAUCCCAAAGUUGAACCAACUGCUGCAGAAAAAAAUCUUUGCUUUCACCUGCUUUUUCUUAGCUAAAAACUUCAAAAUGGCAGAUGACGAUAUCGCAGCUUUGGUUAUCGAUAAUGGCUCCGGUAUGUGCAAGGCCGGUUUCGCCGGAGACGAUGCUCCCCGAGCCGUUUUCCCCUCCAUUGUCGGCCGACCUCGCCAUCAAGGCGUUAUGGUCGGUAUGGGCCAGAAAGACUCCUAUGUAGGAGACGAGGCCCAGAGCAAGAGAGGUAUUCUCACUCUGAAAUACCCCAUCGAACACGGAAUUGUCACAAACUGGGAUGACAUGGAGAAAAUCUGGCAUCACACAUUUUACAACGAGCUUCGCGUUGCUCCCGAAGAGCACCCCGUUCUCCUGACAGAGGCUCCCCUCAACCCCAAAGCCAACAGAGAAAAGAUGACACAGAUCAUGUUUGAGACCUUCAACAGCCCCGCCAUGUAUGUCGCUAUCCAGGCCGUACUCUCCCUGUAUGCCUCUGGUCGUACCACUGGUAUUGUGAUGGACUCUGGUGAUGGUGUUUCACAUACCGUGCCCAUCUACGAGGGUUAUGCUUUGCCCCAUGCCAUCCUCCGUCUGGACUUGGCUGGCCGUGAUCUGACUGACUACUUGAUGAAGAUCCUGACAGAGCGUGGCUACUCUUUUACCACCACCGCUGAGCGUGAGAUCGUACGUGACAUUAAGGAGAAGCUCUGCUAUGUUGCUCUUGACUUUGAGCAGGAAAUGCAAACAGCUGCAUCCAGCUCUAGCAUCGAGAAAAGCUACGAGUUGCCCGAUGGUCAGGUCAUCACCAUUGGUAACGAGAGAUUCCGCUGUCCAGAGGCACUUCUCCAGCCCUCCUUCCUGGGUAUGGAAUCUUCUGGUAUCCAUGAGACCACCUACAACUCCAUCAUGAAGUGUGAUGUUGACAUCCGUAAGGACCUGUACGCCAACACCGUAAUGUCUGGAGGAACGACUAUGUACCCAGGGUUGGCUGAUCGCAUGCAGAAAGAAAUAUCUGCCCUUGCCCCUUCUACUAUGAAGAUCAAGAUCAUCGCUCCACCAGAGAGGAAAUACUCCGUCUGGAUCGGAGGCUCCAUCCUCGCCUCCCUGUCCACCUUCCAACAGAUGUGGAUCUCCAAGCAGGAAUACGACGAGUCUGGUCCUGCCAUUGUUCACAGGAAGUGCUUCUAGGCUUGCAUCAGACUGAUGAAACCACAUCUUGGUCGCUUUCAUCAAGCACUGUAUACCAUGUUAUGUGGGGCUGCUUAGAGGCAGUAGAUCGUUUGUUUUUGUUGAAGGCUAGGACCAUUCAUUUAUUGUUUUUCACAUUGUAGAAACAUCCAUUUCAAAAUAAAUUGUUCUGCGUCAGUGA